UUUCAUUCCAUUAUUUAUAAAUGAAAUCAAAACAAAUUAUUUAUUGAUUGAUAAGUUUUGUAAAAUAAAUUUGAUAAAUUUCAUUUCGAAAAUUUAAUUUUAUUUUCUUAUUGUAUUAUAUUCAUGAGUGACAAUCACUAUGAAAUAUGGAACAUAAACAUUCGUGGUAACCGAUACUCGUAUGAAUUCUAAAAGUGCGUAUCCACUUGUUACGUAUUUUCAUAUCAUAUCAUAUCACCGUUGCGUAUCAAUAUGGACAAGCAAAGAACAAACCAUAUCCUCUCUUUUUAUACUCAAGAAUGAUUCGCAAUAAUGAUACAUAACGAUACUAGAAUAUGUAACAGGUAGAAACGCAUUUUAAUGUGUAAAUUAUCGUGAUAUUUACCUCAAACUGAUAAUCUGAUGAUUACUAUCUUGAAAUAUAUAAAAUUUAUAUUACAGACUUUCAAUAAUUUUAUAUAAAUCAAAGUGUGUGCGCGUGCGUACGUGCGUGCGUGCGUGUGUGUGCAUGUGGUAUGUAUUGAUAGUACUUUUCCUCAAUACUUUUAUUUGAUUUUUGAAUUUAUGUAGAAGCAUGAAACUUAAUUCAAUAUUGUGAUAUUGUUACGUCAUUAUACAGUUACUGAUUAUAUUACCAUAAUAAGUAAAUGCUAAUGAAAAUAUUUAUUUAAUAUUUAUAAAAUCUUAAAAGAAGAAUGUAUUUUACUUGUACGAAAAAAAGAAACAAUAGAUAUUUAACACAAUCAUGGCAUGCUUUUGACAUACAGGAAAUGAUAUGAAGAUUAAUGGUUAAAUAUAUAAGUUUAAUUUACAUAAGCUCAUGUUGAAUUCUUUCCAAUAAUUUCAGUCUCCUUUGAAACUUCCAAUGGUUCGAAUGAUCUUCCGAAUACGAUAACAGUCUUUUUUCUUUUCGUAUAUUUAAUUUUGGUUUUUGUGUGGUCCCCCUCGUCCCCCUCGUAAGAAAAACGAAACGAUUAGUUAUUUUCGCGAAACGAAAAAAAUCAAUAUACGUUCUUAUUGACAAAUCUUCCAAUAAAAGUAUUUUAUAAAUAUAUAUAUAUAUAUUUUUGUUUUGUUUUAAUUUUUGAUUGAUUAACGGCAGGAUGUCAACAAAUGAAAAAAAAAAUGUUUCGAGAAUACAGGAAAUGAAUUGGUUUUUAGUGCUAUACUAUAUUCAUCUUCACCUUUUUGGUGUCUAUGGAUUUUGGUUGUUACUUUUCGAAGCGAAAUGGAUGACAGUGCUAUUUGCCAUUUUGGUCAUAUCAAUCGCUUGUUUUGGAGUAACCGUAGGCGCUCAUAGAUAUUAUGCACAUAGAACAUUCGAAGCAUUAAUACCUCUUAGAUAUUUUUUUCUUAUAGCUCAUACUAUUGCUGGUGUUGGUCCUUUGUAUGACUGGGUUCGUUAUCAUAGGAUACAUCAUAAAUAUUAUGAUACUGAUAAAGAUCCGUAUUCUACUAAUAAAGGAUUUUGGUACAGUUAUUUUAUCAGCUACAUUAUGAAUUCAAAUUUGAAGGAAGAGGAAUUGAAAAAAACAGUAGACAUGCGAGACAUCGAAAAUGAUUCUUCCGUUUUGAUUCAGAGAUCAUUAUAUUGGAGUUUGACCAUACCGGUGACAUUACUAAUUCUUAUUUUCGUGCCUAUAAAAUAUUGGAACGAAAGCGCCCAGAACUCUAUCUUUAUUAUGGGAUUUUUGCGAUUGCUUAUAACUUCUAGCGUAUCUAAGAUGGUGAACAGCGCCAUCUUGGUAUGGGGUCUUAAACGAGGAGACAAGUUAAUGUCCAUUCUAUAUAUUAUUCGAUUACUUUACAAGCUUUUUUUCAAAAUGCCAAAAAGUCACGGUACCAUUAUGAUUGAUUCUAAUGAUUUCCAGUCGAUGAUAAUUCGAUCUUUUACAUUACCAAAUCUUAUUGGCUAAAUUAUCAUUAUCUUCUUCCUUGGGAUUGGAAAAGUUCGGAAUUUGGCAAAUACGAUAAAGGAUGCGGUACUGUAAUGAUUAAAAUUUUGCGUAAUUUUGGUUUGGUGAGUUUACUUAAAACCUCAUCGACAGAAGAUAUU